AUGCCGGGACAACACAUGAGUAAAUAUUAUACCAAAUUUGUGAGUGGAGGAGUGGGGAUACAAUCAAACGUGACGACUUUAAGGCACAACGUGUAUCAGGAAAAGUCAGAUUUACAAGAGUUGACAGUUUCUAUUAAUAACGUCAAUGCUACGACACAUGAGCAACAAACAGAUAUAGAGAACUUACAAUCCGACGUGAUCGAUUUACAGAGUAGUGAAACUCGACAAGACACUGAUUUACAUCAUUUGACAACGACUGUUGAUAAACUAAAUUCGACUGUCCAGGGACAAACGGCAGAACUAGAGAGCUUGGAGUCAAAAGUAAUGACAGUACAACACAAUGUCACCAUUCAAGAUGUCAACAUACAGGAGUUGACAUCAGCUAUCAAAAAUGUUAAUGUUACAGUACAGCUACAAGCACGACUUCAGCAGAACGUGACCAAAAGUACGAGCAUGUGCAACUCGAAUCAGUUUUAUGGGACGUGUAAUAUUACUUGCUUACCGGGUCUUCUACUGGACGUUGAUAAUGUCGAGUAUCCACCCAACAGCUACAGUGUGAUGUACAAUGCGUCUGGGGAAUGGAGCGGUAUGUUUUAUGCUUGCAACAGACUUGUAUGGUGUGUUCAACCACAGCAGCUUUUGAAUGGUACAGUCGUCUGCACAGGAAGAGCCUACUUGGAUACUUGCGAAUAUGAAUGCUUCGAUGGAUUUUUUCUGGACGGGCCAUCUAAACGUACUUGCAACGAAGUAGCAAUGUAUUCAGGUGAUGAGCCACAAUGUUCAUCUCGAGAAUGUGACGAUUUGCCACCAGCAACGUUUGGUAGCAUUGCUUGCACAGGCACAAAAUAUGGUGACAGUUGCACUGUAAUGUGUGAUCCCGGUUAUCGACUGGUGGUAUCGGGACGUCGCUUUUGCUUGGCAGACGAGUCGUGGUCGAGUAACUCAACCGUGUGUGAGGAAUAUGAUUAUUGUGUUUUGGGCAAACACAAUUGUAAUGAAACUACAGCAACGUGCAAAUCAACAGGUCGACGUCAGUUCACGUGUACGUGUAAUGCUGGGUUUGCAGGCAAUAGCGCUUACUGUGGGAAAGACACGGAUGCCGAUGGAAGGCCUGAUGUGUCUCUCCCGUGUGCUAACUUUAGUUUACUUUGUGUGGCUGAUAACUGUCCGUUUGAGCCCAACAGUGGACAGGAGGACUCGGACGGAGACGGUAUUGGUAACACUUGUGAUGUGGAUGAUGACAAUGAUGGGUUUAUGGACAUCGACGACAACUGUGAUACAGUGGUGAAUCCUAAUCAGAAUGACACGGAUGGUGACGGGUUUGGAGAUGCAUGUGAUAAUUGUGUAAACAAAGAAAACAUAGAUCAGACAGACACAGAUGGUGAUGGCGUAGGAGAUGCGUGUGAUGAUGAUGCAGACAAUGAUACGUUGGCUGGUGCCUUGGACAACUGUCCGUUCCACUUCAAUCCUGCACAGUUGGAUGGAGACGGUGAUGGUGUAGGCGACAUAUGUGACAAUUGUCUAUCAGUACGCAACAUGAAUCAAACAGAUUCAGAUGAGAAUGGACUGGGGGAUGCGUGUGAUGAUGGAAUAGAUCAAGACAAUGAUGGUAUUAUUGAUUCGAUUGACAACUGCCCUACAAUCCCCAAUCCCAGCCAGAUUGAUACAGAUGGAGACGGAACGGGUGAUGCUUGUGAUAAUGAUGAUGACAACGACGGUGUGGCAGAUGAGGAUGAUAACUGCCAGUUGGUGCACACACCUGGACAGGAGGACGCUAACGGAAAUGGAAUCGGAGAUGCAUGUGAAGGUGAUCUGGACGGAGACGGCAUUUCGGACGUUGAUGAUGUUUGUCCCUUGAACGCUCUGAUAACCACAACAGAUUUCAGCAGUUUUACUCAAAUCGCUCUUGAUCCCAUUGAAUUAUCAGAGUCCGAUCCCAUUUGGAUUAUUAACGACAACGGAGCUGAAAUUUUGCAGAAAGUCAACAGUGAUCCUGGCAUGGCUAUUGGGCGUGAAUCGUUUGAUUACGUGGAAUACAGUGGGACGUUGUUCAUUGGUAACAAUAUUGAUGACGACUAUGCAGGAUUCGUGUUCUCUUACCAAAGUAACAGAAAGUUUUAUGUGUGCAUUUGGAAGAAGGGACAACAGUCUUUCACGUUUGGCAAUCAGUUCGCAUAUCCACAAGCUAAUGCUCGUGCUGGCAUUCAGUUGAAAGUUAUUGACUCUAACAUUGGACCUGGACCUGAUCUACGGGACGGAACUUGGAAUACGGGAAAUGUGGUAAACGAGUCUAGACUUCUCUGGACGAGUGAACCUUUCGGGUGGGAAUACGAAACGUCUUAUCGUUGGAAGCUGACACACAAUCCAGACAACGGAUACAUACGAAUUGUAUGGACACAGGGAUCAUCUAUAAUAACUGACAGCGGCCCAGUGUAUGAUACAACGCAUUAUGGUGGUCGUCUUGGUGUGUUUGUGUUCUCACAAGAGAAUGUUACUUUCUCUCAACUCAGUUAUCGAUGCUUAGAAAACACAAAUUAUGGAUUAAAUUACAACGGUGUGACAUCUGGAGCAAAUGCUGGAACGUAUGAUGAUUUAGACAUUGCCGAUCGAUCAUUCACUUUGGAAGCUUGGAUCUUUAUCAAUCAGUGCAACAAGUUAACUUGCGACUUUGUAAGAACAACCGACUUUGGUUCAGUGUUUACCCCAUCUCUUGGACCAUUUUUUCAAUCUUUAAAAGAUGACUUUGACUGGACUCUGAUAAACGGAUCAACUCCUUCUAGGAACACGGGACCAUCAUCAGAUCACACGGGAAAUGGUGGAAACUACGCAUUUAUUGAAGGGUCAUUUCAAGUACCAGGAGAUCAGGCUGUGUUUGAGACCCCUUGUUUUCCAUCCAGUCCUACUUGCACGUUGACCUUUUGGUACCAUUUGUAUGAGUUAGAGUCACGAAAGCUCGAAUACAUUAACAAAUUCAACACAUUCAUGGGUUCACUUGACGUUGCGGUAAAAGAAGGAGUCGAGAGCUGGCAAACUGUAUUCUACGUGGAAGGAAAUCAUGAAGAUCAGUGGCAUCAGGCAGUUGUUGACCUUUCUGACUUUACUGGUGGCAUAACCGUCCGAGUUACGGGAACUCGUGGAUCUCAAUUCGCAUCUGACUUGGCUAUUGACGACGUCACCUUUAGUGAUGGUUGUGGUUUAUCGUCUCGAUGUUCCGUUCUUGAAAGUAAACCGAUAUUUGGUACCUCAUAUGGGACUGGUAUCUAUACUGGCAUCAUAGAUGAGAAACUUCACGUUGGACUCUCUGGCACGUCAGAUGUUACGAGUAUAGCUGCCGUGCCAUAUCUUACAUGGACCCACGUUGCUAUGCAAUAUGACCGCCAAGACGGAACGCAGUCGCUCUACAUCAACGGUCAGUUGAACCAGACGAGCCCUACACUGUUUGUUGAUGUUUCACUUAACCAAGAGUCGUCGCUACUGAUCGGACAGAAUGGCUCGACGGUGCUGGAUGGCGCAUGGAUUGAUGAAGUACGGCUGUGGGACGCAGCCGUUGAUGUAUCUUCGACUUACAAUCGUUAUUUGACGGCAGAUCAGACAGCUAAUCUUAUCGGAUAUUGGAAGUUUGAUGAAGGGUUUGGUGUGUCGUCACGUGAUGAAGCUGGCACGAAUGAUAUCAUCGUACCUGUGACCGGACCGAAGUGGAUAGCGUCUUCAAUAGAACUAACCGACGAGUAGUUAGUCGUCAUCGGUAUCUAGUGCAUGGCAUGCUUAUAUAUCUCUUAGCUAUCGCUGAAACUGCACUGAGCAUAUACAACAUCUGUGUUAUG